GAGCAGUUCCGGGGGUGGGCGCGGGUGCGGCGGCGCGGCCAUGGCCGCGCGGUCGGACCUAGAGCUUCGGCGGGAGCUGCAAGCCCUGGGUUUUGAGCCGGGGCCCAUCACCGACACCACCCGGGACGUCUACCUCAACAAGCUGCAGCGGCUACGGGGCGAGGCCCGGCUGCGCGCGAGGCCCGGCGUGGGGCUGCUGCGGUCCGAGAAGGCGCGCCCGGGCCUGGGCCUGGGGCCAGGGGCCGUCACCUCCUCCUCAUCCUGGGCGGGGAGCCGCCCGGGCAUCCACCACGCAACCGCCGGGGCUCGCAACGCGGCCGCCUGGCGUCUCAGCCGGGAGCGAGAGCAAGAGCGGGACAGCUCCGAGGAGGACGAGCCGCCCGCCCCGAGCCCCGGACCCGGACCCCGCCGCUGGUGGACCCCGGCUCCGACUUCGGCCUCGGCCCGCAGCCCGACUGCGCACUGGGGCUCCCAGGCCCGCAACCGUCCCCGGCCCGAGGUGGGGCGGCGGCUAGAGCGCUGGCUGUCUCGCAUCCUGUGCUGGGCCAGCCUGGCGCUGCUGGUCGUCUUCCUGGGCAUCCUGUGGGUGAAGAUGGGGGGACCCUCCCGGGCGCAGGAGGCGGAGGAGAACAUGAAGUUGUUGCCAGUGGACUGUGAAAGGAAAACAGAUGCGUUCUGCCAAGCCAAACAGAAGAAAGUUUUGCUGGAGGUACUCCAUGAGUUGUAUAACUUCUUGGCCAUACAAGCGGGUAAUUUUGAAUGUGGAAAUCCGGAGAAUCUAAAGAGUAAAUGCAUUCCUGUUAUUGAAGCACAGGAAUACAUUGCAAAUGUAACCGGCAGUUCAUCAGCAAGGUUUGAAGCUGCAUUGACCUGGAUACUGAGCAGUAACAAGGAUGUAGGAAUCUGGUUGAAAGGGGAAGACCCAUCUGAGUCAGUGACAACUGUGGACAAAGUAGUUUGCCUGGAGUCUGGCCGACCCCGAAUGGGCGUGGGUUGCCGUCUCAGUCGGGCCCUGCUGACAGCCAUUACCACUGUUCUCCUUUUCUUCUGGGGCUUGGCUUUUUUGUGGGGACUUCUGAUUCUUCUGAAAUAUCGGUGGCGGAAAUUAGAGGAAGAAGAACAAGCCAUGUAUGAGAUGGUGAAGAAAAUUAUAGCUGUAGUACAGGAUCAUUAUGUUGACUGGGAGCAGGACAUGGAACGAUAUCCAUAUGUGGGCAUUCUUCACGUGCGGGAUACCCUGAUCCCACCCCAGAGCCGGAGACGCAUGAAGCGGGUCUGGGACAGAGCAGUAGAAUUUCUUGCAUCCAAUGAAUCCCGGAUUCAGACAGAGUCUCACAGGGUUGCUGGAGAAGACAUGCUGGUGUGGAGAUGGACUAAGCCCUCUUACUUCUCUGACUCUGAACGCUAAAGUCUCCAGAGAGGGUCAGACAUUCUUGUUCAGCCUGUCCCUCGGGACUUUCUACCCUCGGCCCAACAGAGGGCUCUGCAGAUCUGCUGGUGCUGAAUUCACACUCAUGCCUUGACCUCCCAACUUUUUCCACCCAGGAAUUGCUCCCAUUUCUGAAGGUUAUGACCAGAAAUUUCUGAAAUGCUUAGCUUUUGAGGACUCUCUGGAUUUGCCUUGAGGGUUGGGGAGGAAACAAGUUGGGUCAUGUAGCUUAUCCUUUUUUUUGUUUGUUUUGGUUUUUUUUUUCAGCAAGUAGACCUUGCCUCCCUUUCCAGUUCAGUACUCCUCUUUUCUAAUAGGAAGUGAGAGAGCUGGGUUUCUCACACACGGAUGGAGGCUCACCAGCCUCACGUGCAGCCUGAGAUUUGGUGAAAUGCAGUCAGUACCUUCUCCCUGGCAGCCUGACAGUGCCUGCUGUCGCUCCCUGGUUGCACAGCCUCAGAGAAUUCACUCCUGGUGAAUUCACUCAGGGUGGUGGCUGAUGGGGGUUACAGCAAGGCCUUUAGGGGCUGCCUUGGGAGGCUGGCACAGUGUGCUGACAUGAGAAGAGAAGAGGCUGCUUCCUUAGGAAUCCGGCCUUCCUUUUCUGACAAGGGGAAGGAAGAAAAGAGGGGCCAGGAAACCUGAGGUGCAUCUGGGAAGCCCAGGCUAGGGCCCUGGGAUCUGUUGUGGGGCAUCACCGAGGGUGUGAGGGGGAGGCGCUAGCCAAUGCCCAUCCUGCAACAGAUCUGGAGGCAGUUAUGAGUGGAGCAAAUGUUUAGGCACUGGAACUCAAUAGGUUUAAAUUUUAAUACUUUCUUUCCUCACAAAGUUAGCUUUCCCAAGGUGGUGGCAUCCAUUCUGUGGUGGUUCUCAUUAGAAAUAAUCAUUUUGGGUCAGACUAGCGACUUCACCAGCACCAUCUCCCGACUGUAGAGGGAAUCCUUAUUCUGAGGGAUGACUGUGGCGAGGCCAAGGGUGUCUUCUGUGUUGUCAGACCAAUCUAUUCAGCCCCCAGGGCCGAGGCUUCCUCCACAACCUAGAAAUCUUUUUUCCAGGGAGGCUUCUGCACCUCCGUCCCCUGCUGGCCACAUCAAAGAGUUGCAGAGGCUCUGGCCUCCCCAUUCUGAGAUGGCAGAACUUCAUUACCUACCUCCUGCUGGCUCAUCAACUCUAUCAGAACAGAGAAGGAAGGCUCCAGAAACAGACCAGCAGGGGCUCUUAUUAGUUAAGUAGGAAAGAUCCCACACCAACUUGAAUCCUAUCCCCAUAUGUUCUCAUCUGUGGCAGGAAUGGGGUAUCAGAACAAAAAGAAAACCAACAGCUGUCUCAGAAAGACAUUAACCAGCUCUUUCUGAUCUUAGUGAUUUUUUUCUUAAUAAAAUUCCAGUAUCCCAUAUUUUAGCAAUACUGUUUCCUCUGACAUUUGUAUGAUCCAUGGUGCCUGUAAUCUUGAAUUCCAGCUCAAUUGUGUAGAAAUGUCUUUAUAAUCAGGCUCGAAAUGAACUUCAGCAUUGGCGACUAAAUUGCUGAAGGAAUAGCACUAUUUAUUAAAAACCAAUUUGUCUCUUU